AUGACGACCCCUCCGCCGAGUACUGACGGUGUGCGGGUGGCUGUGCGCGUGCGGCCUUUCAGUCAGAGAGAGAAGAACUCUGGGAGCAAAUGUGUGAUUUCCAUGCAUUCCGGGACCACCACAACCAUACAAGACCCUAAGAACCCAGAACAUAGGAAGACAUUUAUUUUUGACCUCGCAUAUUGGUCUCAUGAUGGAUUUCAAAAGGACCAAGAUGGUGUGUUGAUUUCAGCUGAUCCUAGCAGUCAGUUUGCAAGCCAGACAGAUGUUUUCCAUGAUCUCGGCCGGGGGAUUCUGGACAGCGCAUGGCAAGGCUAUAAUACCACCCUCCUAGCCUAUGGCCAAACUGGCUCUGGGAAAAGCUACUCCAUGGUUGGCUUUGGUGCCAACAAAGGUAUCAUUCCAAAGGUGUGCAAGGAGCUCUUUCAAGCAAUUGAGAAGAGGGAGGGAAAUGAAGAAUACCAGGUUACGUUCAGUAUGUUGGAAAUUUACAACGAGCAGAUAAGAGACUUGCUGUCUAGAACCAAGAAACCUGGGGGACUAAAAGUGAGGGAAGAUCAACAGCUGGGCUUUUAUGUGGAUGGCCUGAAGUCAGUGCCCUGUGAGAACUAUGCACAGAUUGAAAGACUGAUGGAACAAGGGACAAAAGUAAGGACCACAGCAUCGACCAACAUGAACGCCAGCAGCAGCCGGUCUCAUAUGGUUAUCACCAUUCAGUUUAAGCAGGUUUUCCUAGACAGACACCUCACCAAGCAGUCCAGUAUUAAUUUGGUGGAUUUAGCAGGAAGUGAAAGGCAAAAAUCUUCAGGAUCUGAAGGAGACAGACUGAGGGAAGGAUCACGAGUUAACUUAAGCUUAACCAAUUUAGGAAAUGUUAUCAGUGCCUUGGCUGACGCCGCCAUGGGGAAGAGAGUUUUGCACGUUCCCUACAGAGACUCCGUCCUGACCAAACUUCUCCAGCCAGCUCUGGGCGGGAACAGUAGAACCGCUUUGAUCGCAGCCAUAAGCCCGGCUGACCUCUGCUACGAAGAAACUUUGUCCACACUAAGAUACGCGGAAAGGGCUAAAAAGAUCCAGAAUAAAGCUGUGGUCAACACCUCGAUGCUGAUGAGAGAGUCAAAGGCAGAGAACAGCAAAGCACUGCUUAUGACCGAGACCUUCCCUCACCUCCUCAACGUCAACGAGGACCCGCAGCUCACGGGCGUUCUCAAGUUCUUCAUUCAGACUGGCUCAUGUGACGCUGGUCGGGCUCCAUCGAACGCCAUCCUUCUUCAGGGCUUGGGAAUUUCAGAUAAACACGCUUCCUUCACCAAUCUGGAUGGGACAGUGAUGGUCACACCACACGGCGAAUGCAAAGUUGUUGUUAAUGGGGUGCCCAUCGUGGCCAAGACGAAGCUGCAGCACCUGGACCGCCUUAUCUUGGGAUCCAACAGCGCCUACCUCUACAUUGGGUUUCCUUCAGAGCGAGGCAGUGAAGACUUGAGCAGGUUUGACUAUGACUUCUUCCAGCUGGAGAGAGCGGCUGCAGAGGGAGUGAGCGUGGACAAGCUCGGGGCCGCGGGCCGCGGGGACGGGAACGCAGACCCCAGCAUGCUGGCUGUGUUCCAGGACUAUGUCAAACUGAUGCCGCUGGUGGCGGAAGCGAAUCAAAUGGGCGAAGAGCUGGACAAGGGACUCAGAAUGGAGCUGAAGGUGAAGAAUUUAGCGUCUUCAGACUCCAGGGGCUAUGACCUACAGAAAGAGGUCAUGGUGAAGGUGACGCACCAAAGGACUCGUGAGGUGUGGAUCUGGUCGAAAGCCAAGUUUAUCAAUAGGAAAUUCCUAAUGGAGGAACUUUACCAGCGCUUCCUGGAAGGGGAAGCCAGCCACGUGGCUCGGGAAGAUGACCCUUUCUGGGACCCUGUCGAGGCCGUGCACCUGGGCUCGGCUCACGUGUGGCUCCAGCCCCUCGCCUACUGCAUGAGGCUCGAGGAGCAGGUGGAGUUCCUCAACUGCGACGGGACGGAGGAGGCCGUGCUGCACGUCCACGUGACGCCCUGCUCCCCGGGGGGACAAGCAUGUGGUGACGAGGAUGUGGUUAUGGACCCUUUGGAGCUGCUGGGCAAGAGGAUGGAUUUCCAGAUUGGCCUCGUGCGGUGUCUCGGCAUCAAGUGGCUCAAGGAGGGCGCCGAGCGGGGCGUCCAGAUGGGGUACAAAAUUUAUGAUCUUUCGAGCACUUUCUAUACCAAGCCUGUAUGGAAAACUGUGAAUCCUCAAAUAGAAGAAACUGUCCAAUUUACAGCCUUAAAUGCGUCUCAGGAGUUUCUGAACUAUUUACAAACAAAUGCUCUCAUUGUCGAAUUAUGGGGUCUUCAAGAAGGCUGUGCCCGGCUGAGCUCCUCUCAGCCAGAUGUCAUGGUCACAAGUGAAGGCCACAUCAUGGUGGACACCAAGAAAAUUUCCGCAAUGAUGGAUACAAGCCAGACCACCUCAAAUCAGAUAUCAGAACUUUAUAUGAAGUUGCUCAAGUUAGAACAGGAGACGGAACUGCUCAGAAACGUUAACAGAGCCUUGAGAAAGGAAAAUGUGCUGCUCAAACACUCACUCGAGAAAGUUGCUUCUGCCAAACCAGCACGUAAGCCUUCAGAUACCCUGAAGGUCCCUCCAACGCCAGCACAGCUGCCCGCAGCCGGGGACAGUCCUCACGUGUCUGCCCAGCGAGCCGGCUCGGACAGGGAGCUGGCCAUGGCCCUGAAGGUCUUCUACCAAAGCAUGAACGCGGCGAGAGGACAGUUUCUCAGACUGAGACAUUAUAAACCUCCCGAUGACGAUGGAUUGCUCCGACCGUUUGUGCACCAACAGUCGCAAAGGCUAAAGGACUUCGGGGAGCUGCUGGAAUCCAGCUUGUGGAGACUGAAAAGCGAUGUUGCUCGCAUAGUGAGAGAGAAGAGAGCGGCCUGCUGCACCCCCGCUAGCGUGGGCCGCUGACCCAGAGCACCUGCGCUGCGCCUGCCUCGCUGGGGCGGCCUGGGAGCUUGAUGAACUUGGCCCUCCGCUGAGCUGGGCACUCAACAUACCCAACCCAUUUCUCAGUUUCCGGCCUUCAGUUUGAUUCCACAUCCUAUAAAGACGAACCCAGGGUGAAGGUGAGCUGGGAACGGGCUUGUCUCCAGCUGAAUCCUGUUCAAUCAGUCACUUCCCCACUGCAGCUGGAGGCAAGUGCCUUCCCCUCGACAAGCCUCUCAUUCCCUAACAUAGACGAACGCAACAGUAGUGACCGCUGGUGGUUAGCGAGCAUGACAAAUACAGGGGCGCCUGGGGGGCUCCGUUGGUCAGGCGUCUGCAUUCCGCUCCAGUCAUGAU